AUGCCAGGCUCAAUCCUCGAAAACACAGUCGACCCUCCCCUGCCCCCUCCGCAGGCCCAUCUCACCUCCGCGCCUUUUCUCGCUCCUCACCACGACACACUCAAAAACGGCGCCAGAAUCACCCUGUACCCCAUCACCGGCGGCGCCUCUAGCCUCCCGCCUGGUCUGCUGGCUCAUCUCCACGCCGAGUUCAGCGCAGAGAUUGAGCGCGGAUGCACGUAUCCGAUGGAAGACGUGAUGAGUCUGGAUCGGUUUGGGGAGUACUGGUUUGGCACGUUCGCUGUAGUCGCACUGAUCGACGAGAAGGAGGAUGACGGUACUGAAGGAAUUGGCAUGCGAGAGCGAGACUGGGAGAGAGUGUGUCUCGGCACAUUCUACAUCAAACCAAACUAUCCAGCAGGCCGCUGCUCGCACAUCUGCAACGCGGGCUUUCUCACCUGCACUGCCGCGCGCGGUCUUGGGACUGGUAGCGUCAUGGGCGCGACAUAUCUCUCGUAUGCGCCGAAACUAGGCUAUAAAUACUCGGUGUUCAACCUCGUCUUCGCAAAUAAUCCCGCGUCGAUCCGGAUUUGGGAGAGGUUGGGGUUCCAGGUCAUUGGCAGAGUGCCGCAGGCAGCGCGGUUGAGGAACAGUGAGGAGUUGGUGGAUGCGUUGAUAUACGGGAGGGCGUUAACCUGA